CCACGCAAAGAAGGCAAACAGCCAAUUUAGCCACAGAAGGUAGCAUUUCCACGGUUUCAGCAGACCUACACAUCUCCCUACGCUGCUGCCCUCCAUGAAUUGUACAUGAUCAUCAAACGUCACACGGUUAGUUAGAUGAGAAUUUCUGACAAAUUCGGCCAGCCCGGUCGGCUUUUUUAUUUUCAUCUUAAGCCCCUCGCUCAUUAUUAUUAAUUUUCUUUUUUAAACCCCCUGGCUAGAGAAUUUUAAUUUCAACCCACAAACCAAAACAACAAAAGAAGAAAAGCCCAAACAGAGAAAAAAAGGGGAAGCUGAAGAGAGAAAGAGUGCUGGUUAUGUCGGUCCAUUUGGGAAGCUGAAGAGCCUAAGAGGUAAAAGAAGAAGCAGAGCCACCCAGUAGCUGUAGUUGGGUGCUUGAUUGUUGAGUGGUCAGCCAUGCCUUCGCUUCAGCUGCUGCAAUUAACUGAGCAUGGCCGGAGUUUCAUGGCGUCGAGGAGGAAAACUUUACUACUUGCCACUGGUAUCGUGGUUGCUGGUGGGACUGUUGCAUACGUUCAAUCACGGUUAAGCCAUAAAAAGCAUGAUGCUAUUGGUCAUUAUAAUGGGCUGAAUGAUAAUGAAGAAACAACGGAGAAGGUCGUGACGAAUGAUCAUAAGUUAAAGAAACCUCCACGAAAGAAAGGGGGAUUGAAGUCGCUUCAAGUUCUUGCUGCAAUUCUCUUAUCUGAGAUGGGCCAAAUGGGUGUGAGGGAUCUUUUAGCUUUAGUCUCUAUAGUGGUGUUGCGAACUGCUUUGAGCAACAGGCUGGCAAAAGUUCAAGGAUUUUUAUUCCGUGCAGCUUUCCUUCGACGCGUGCCAUUAUUUCUUCGACUGAUCUCGGAAAAUAUUUUAUUAUGUUUUCUUGUAUCAACCAUGCAUUCUACUUCAAAGUAUAUCACGGGGACCUUAAGUCUGCGGUUCAGAAAAAUAUUGACAAAACUUAUUCAUUCCCAUUAUUUUGAGAAUAUCGCAUACUACAAAAUGUCUCAUGUCGAUGGUCGGAUAACUAAUCCUGAACAAAGAAUUGCAAGUGAUGUGCCAAAGUUCUGUUCAGAGUUGAGUGAAAUUGUACAGGAUGAUUUGACAGCUGUCACUGAUGGUUUGCUUUAUACUUGGCGGCUGUGUUCUUACGCCAGUCCUAAAUAUGUUUUCUGGAUAUUGGCAUAUGUAAUAGGAGCAGGGGCCACGAUAAGAAAUUUUUCUCCUGCUUUUGGGAAACUAAUGUCCAAAGAACAACAAUUGGAAGGGGAGUACCGACAACUUCAUUCACGAUUAAGGACACAUGCAGAAAGUGUGGCAUUUUAUGGUGGAGAAAGUAGGGAAGAAUUUCAUAUUAAGAAGAAGUUUGAAACUCUGAUUGGGCAUAUGCGUGUUGUCCUUCAUGACCAUUGGUGGUUUGGCAUGAUUCAAGAUUUUUUAUUGAAGUAUCUUGGUGCUACAGUGGCUGUUAUACUGAUUAUUGAGCCCUUCUUCUCAGGCCAUCUGAGGCCUGACACUUCAACUUUAGGCCGCGCGGAGAUGUUAAGCAAUUUAAGAUAUCAUACUAGUGUCAUAAUUUCACUAUUUCAGUCUUUGGGAACUCUUUCUAUAAGUUCAAGGCGGCUUAAUCGUCUCAGUGGUUAUGCUGAUCGCAUUCAUGAAUUACUGGCCAUAUCAAGAGAGCUAAGUGUGGUCAAUGGUAAAUCUUCUGGGAGCAGAAAUUGCUUUAGUGAAGCUGAUUACAUUGAAUUUGCUGGUGUCAAGGUUGUUACCCCCACGGGUAAUGUUUUGGUGGAUAAUUUGUCACUUAGGGUCGAAUCAGGAUCUAAUCUUUUGAUUACAGGACCAAAUGGUAGCGGGAAGAGCUCACUUUUCCGAGUUCUAGGAGGUCUCUGGCCCUUGGUAUCUGGCCAUAUUGUGAAACCUGGUGUUGGUACUGAUCUCAAUAAAGAAAUUUUUUAUGUACCACAAAGACCAUACACAGCUGUUGGAACACUUCGGGACCAGUUGAUUUAUCCUCUUACCGUAGAUCAAGAGGUUGAACCACUUACACACAGUGGAAUGGUGGAGUUAUUGAGAAAUGUUGACCUCGAGUAUUUGUUAGACCGGUAUCCACCUGAGAAAGAAAUAAAUUGGGGUGAUGAAUUAUCUCUUGGGGAGCAACAAAGAUUGGGGAUGGCUAGACUUUUCUAUCAUAAGCCUAAAUUUGCAAUUCUUGAUGAGUGCACAAGUGCUGUCACAACUGAUAUGGAGGAACGUUUUUGUGCUAAAGUUCGAGCGAUGGGAACGUCAUGCAUUACUAUCUCACAUCGUCCGGCUCUAGUUGCAUUUCAUGAUGUGGUGUUGUCCUUGGAUGGUGAAGGUGGUUGGAGUGUUCAGUUCAAAAGAAUUUUCCCUUAUAAUUCCAGGGAGGAUUCUCCUCUCCUUAAUGAAGGUGGGGCAAAUAUGAUGUUGUCUGAGACAACCCGACAGAGUGAUGCAUUGACAGUUCAACGUGCAUUUGCCACGACUAGAAGGGAUUCUACAAUCUCAAAUUCGAAGGCACAAUCUUACAUUGGUGAGGUGAUAGCAGUGUCUCCUUCCGAGGAUCAUAAUGUUACACAUCCAUUUGUUCCACAGCUCCGAAGGGAUCCUCGAGCUUUGCCAUUGAGAGUAGCAGCCAUGUUCAAAGUACUGAUUCCCACAGUUCUUGAUAAACAAGGAGCACAACUGCUUGCAGUUGCUUUUCUCGUGGUAUCGAGAACAUGGAUUUCAGAUCGUAUUGCUUCCUUAAAUGGAACCACUGUGAAAUUUGUUUUGGAGCAGGAUAAGGCAGCCUUUAUUCGUCUAAUUGGCGUUAGUGUUCUGCAGAGUGCUGCAUCAUCCUUCAUUGCACCUUCUUUAAGGCACUUGACAGCCAGGCUGGCUCUUGGGUGGAGGAUUCGUUUAACUCAACAUUUACUCAAAAAUUACUUAAGAAAUAAUGCAUUUUAUAAGGUGUUCAACAUGUCAAGCAAGAAGAUAGAUGCUGAUCAGAGAAUAACUCAGGACCUAGAAAAGUUAACUACUGACUUGUCGGGACUGGUUACAGGAAUGAUAAAGCCUUCUGUGGACAUUCUUUGGUUCACCUGGAGAAUGAAGCUUUUGACUGGUCGGAGAGGUGUUGCUAUAUUGUAUGCUUACAUGUUGCUGGGUCUUGGCUUUUUGAGGUCUGUUACCCCUGAAUUUGGUGAUUUGGCAAGUCGUGAGCAACAACUUGAAGGAACCUUCAGGUUUAUGCACGAGAGACUGCGUGCUCAUGCUGAAUCUGUUGCUUUCUUUGGGGGAGGUUCUAGAGAAAAAGCUAUGGUUGAAUCAAAAUUCAAAGAACUUCUCGAUCACUCCUUGUCUCUUUUAAAGAAGAAAUGGUUGUUUGGAAUUCUGGAUGAUUUUACCACGAAACAACUCCCACAUAAUGUGACUUGGGGUUUGAGCUUGUUAUAUGCCAUCGAACACAAGGGAGACCGAGCAUUAAUAUCCACUCAAGGUGAGCUGGCACAUGCAUUGCGUUUCUUAGCAUCUGUUGUAUCUCAAAGCUUUUUAGCUUUCGGUGACAUUCUUGAACUGCAUAGAAAGUUCCUUGAACUCUCUGGUGGCAUCAACAGAAUUUUUGAGCUCGAAGAGCUUCUAGAUGCUGCACAGUCUGUUGUUGGUUAUUCAGCGGCUUCCGAAGCUGACACUCAGUCACCAUCUAAGUGGAGGGAUUAUAAUUCUGAAGAUGUCAUUACCUUCUCAGAAGUUAAUAUCAUCACCCCAUCACAGAAGAUAUUGGCUAGGGAGUUAACAUGUGAUAUAGUACCUGGGAAAAGCUUGCUUGUUACUGGUCCAAAUGGGAGUGGAAAAAGUUCUGUCUUUAGAGUUCUUAGAGGUCUUUGGCCCAUCACGAGUGGAAGAAUCACUAAACCAUCACAACAUGUUAAAGAAGGUGUUGGAUCUGGUUGUGGAGUAUUUUAUGUUCCUCAGCGGCCUUAUACAUGUUUGGGAACACUCAGGGAUCAAAUUAUAUAUCCUCUAUCUUUUGAGGAGGCUGAGUUAAGGGCAUUGAAGUUGUAUCGAGAAGGUGAAAAAUCUUCUGAGCACACCAAUAUUCUAGACAUGCGGUUGAGAACUAUUCUGGAGAAUGUCCGAUUGAGUUAUCUUUUGGAAAGGGAAGAAGGUGGUUGGGAUGCUAAUCUGAAUUGGGAGGACACUCUCUCCCUUGGAGAACAGCAGAGAUUAGGCAUGGCACGCCUAUUUUUUCACAAGCCUAAAUUUGCCAUCCUUGAUGAAUGCACCAAUGCUACGAGCGUUGAUGUUGAAGAACAACUUUAUCGGCUCGCAAAAGACAUGGGUAUCACAGUUGUUACCUCCUCACAACGUCCUGCUCUAAUUCCAUUCCAUGCUCUGGAAUUACGGCUCAUUGAUGGCGAGGGUAACUGGGAGCUUCGUUCAAUAAAACAAUGAGUUCGCCAUGGUGGAAUUACAGCUUAUUUAUUGUGAGGGUAACUGGAGCUUCGUUCAAUAAAGCAAUGGGUUGACGGUGUUGGCAUCUGCAGCUAACCAUUUGUACAGUGUAAGAUGCUUUUAUUUUGGUGACUUACCAUUUGUAGUAUAUCUUAUAAGUCGCAAUAGAGGCAAGCUGGAGCGGGUUUUCCUAUCCAGAGAAAUUUAUUUAUCUUGGAGCGAGCUGUGUUACUUUGCUCCUACAUGACAGGUAGCCUGAAGGAGAAGCAGAUCUCUUCAUUUUUUUGUGCAAAUUACUGUCGAAUUGUGGACAAUAAGAUUGGAGCAUACAACACGGUAAUAAUCUCUGUAGGUCAAAGAAAUCUAGUAUGUACAGUUUUCCCCAAUUUUUCCCAACUUUUGGGUUGUAAGACUUCAUAAUUGAAUCAUAUUGAUGAGCCUCCAUAUAGAAAAAGAAAUGUGUAGGUUAUUGAGCAUCUCUUUGUAAACUGUAUCCUGCCCCGCGCCCCCUUCAUAACCAAUAUAGCAGUGCCUGCAGCUUCAAUUCUUUGGAUGCUUAUUGCUUCA